AUGAAGGGCAUACAGGCGUCGUUUUUCAUUCUACUCGAAGCCCUUGUUGUCGUGACAGGAUUUUCUCACUCCGAAUAUUUCACAAUACGAGAAAAUAAGCGCCUCAUAGGUCAUCGUAUUAAACAAGUCGAUUCUAUCAGUUUGAAGUCGUGCAGCCAGUUUUGCUUGAGACAUCCAUGGUGCACUUCAACAAACUUCCAAAUAUCAACCAAGAUGAGCGGCAGAGAUACUUGUGAAUUGAACAUGCACGGAGUUAUCAUCGAAAACAAUGAUCAUUUCCAUGAUCAAGAAGGAGUAACUUUCUCUCUGAUGUUAAAGGGAUGUUUGUUGACCGGCUGUCUUAAUGGUGGCUCCUGUGUGUAUGACAAAAAGGGACACCUGUUCUCAUGUUUGUGCAAAAUACCGUGGACGGGAAAAAAAUGUGAAAAUAAAAACGGAACAGGUUGGGAGUUAAAUAGGCCUGCUAAUUCCUGCAAGCACAUCCGGGACGCUGGAGACUCCAGAGGAGACGGGGAAUACUGGAUCGACCCUGAGAACAAAGGAAGCCCUUUGAAGGUCUAUUGCGACAUGACAACUGAUGGAGGAGGCUGGCUUCUCGUUUCCAACCUUGUGGCCGACUCAAGUUGGUCCGUUCCGUUUUUGGUUGAGCGGUCGUACCAUGCUAUCAGCCAAUAUCACAGGAACAACAUGUUUCUGGCCAAAACGGCCAUGAAUGAGCUCAGAACAUACUUGAAUUUUACUCAGCUGAGAUUCCAUUGCAGCAAACGAUCGAAGCGUACGUUCCACGUGACCACAGCCACCAAUAGCAUCGGAGAAGCUGUGGUCCAGUACUUUAGCGGUCAGACAGAUGCGCGACCAAACUCGUGUGAAUCUUUUGUCAGAAUGGAAGACGACAACUCAAAAUUAGCCAAGGUCUGCCGACAGUGGGGGUUCGACUCUUCGAAGCCUUACGUUGGUAAAUGGAGCAUACCUAAUCGCAAUGACGACAGAUUGUACAAUCAUGUUGUGUUUGACGGUUAUGACUAUUACUGGAAUAUUCAGCCACCACGACGACAAUUUGACUGCGACGAUCUUGCAAAUGCAGUAUCUGCUGGUGAUUUCUGGAAAGUUUUUGUACGUUAG